UCAUCUCAUCAGACGAUCACUGCGGUUUCAGUUCGUUCCUGCUCUCUCCGGCGCCUCCAUUCCAUCGAAGCCGUGGGAUCCUGGUAGUACUACCAAUGGCUACUGCUAUCUCAACCAUCGGAUCUGUUAACAGGGCACCGCUGAACUUGCACAGCUCUGGUGCCGGAACUUCAGUCCCCAACUCGGCCUUCUUUGGCAGCAACUUGAAGAAGGUGAGCUCUGGCUUCACCCAGCCAAAGGUUUCAUCGGGAAGCUUCAAGGUAGUUGCAGAAAUUGAUGAGACAAAGCAAACCAACAAGGACAAAUGGAGGGGCCUCGCCUACGAUAUAUCAGAUGACCAGCAGGACAUCACCAGAGGAAAGGGUAUGGUGGACUCCCUCUUCCAAGCUCCUCAAGACGCUGGAACCCACUAUGCUGUCUUGAGUUCAUACGAGUACAUCAGCCAAGGCCUUCGCCAGUACAAUUUGGACAACAACAUGGACGGGUUCUACAUAGCUCCCGCUUUCAUGGACAAGCUUGUUGUUCACAUCACCAAGAAUUACAUGACCUUGCCCAACAUCAAGGUUCCUCUUAUCUUGGGUAUUUGGGGAGGCAAAGGUCAGGGAAAAUCAUUCCAAUGUGAGCUCGUCUUUGCCAAGAUGGGAAUCAACCCCAUCAUGAUGAGUGCCGGAGAAUUGGAAAGUGGAAACGCCGGAGAGCCCGCAAAAUUGAUCAGGCAAAGGUACCGUGAGGCAGCGGACAUCAUCGCCAAGGGAAAGAUGUGCUGCCUGUUCAUCAACGAUCUUGAUGCAGGAGCCGGUAGGCUUGGAGGAACCACCCAAUACACAGUAAACAACCAGAUGGUGAACGCGACCCUCAUGAACAUUGCCGACAACCCAACAAACGUUCAGCUCCCUGGUAUGUACAACAAAGAAGAAAACGCCCGUGUCCCCAUCAUCGUCACUGGUAAUGACUUCUCCACAUUGUAUGCUCCUCUCAUCCGUGACGGUCGUAUGGAGAAGUUCUACUGGGCACCCACCCGCGAAGAUAGAAUUGGUGUCUGCACUGGUAUCUUCAGGGCCGACAAUGUCCCCAAUGACGACAUCGUCAAACUAGUCGACACUUUCCCUGGACAAUCCAUCGACUUCUUCGGUGCCCUCAGAGCCAGAGUUUACGAUGAUGAGGUGAGGAAGUGGAUCUCUGGUGUGGGAGUCGAAAGCGUUGGAAAGAAGCUGGUGAACUCAAAGGAGGGACCCCCAACAUUCGAGCAGCCCAAGAUGACACUUGAGAAGCUGCUCGAGUAUGGAAACAUGCUUGUCCAAGAACAGGAGAAUGUGAAGAGAGUUCAGUUGGCUGACAAAUACUUGAGCGAGGCAGCUCUUGGAGAUGCCAAUGAGGAUUCUAUUAAGAGAGGAACUUUCUAUGGCAAAGCUGCUCAGCAGGUGAAUGUUCCUGUCCCUGAAGGUUGCACUGAUCCCGCUGCAAAGAACUUCGAUCCCACUGCUAGGAGCGACAAUGGUACCUGCCUCUAUGAAUUCUAAGUGUGGUGUAGGAGCUAGUUAGCUGAGAAGUUAAACAAGGAUACUAGUUGAUGAUUUCCAAGGAUGGAAGGAUUUCAUAAUAUUAUUUUUAUGGAUUAGUAUCCUGUAAUUUUGUGUGUUUGUGUACCACUUCCUUUCAAUGUUCAACUUAGAACGUGCACCGUCUCUUUUAUCAGUUUCA